AUGGGUUGCUGUACUGGUCGUUGCACGCUCAUUUUCCUCUGCGCUUUCCAGCUGGUCACAGCUCUGGAGAGGCAGGUAUUUGAUUUCCUGGGCUACCAGUGGGCACCCAUCCUGGCCAACUUCAUCCACAUUGUCCUCGUCAUCCUGGGGCUCUUCGGCACUGUCCAGUAUCGGCCACGCUACAUCAUCAUGUACGCAGGAUGGGCGGCCAUCUGGGUCACGUGGAACAUCUUCAUCAUCUGCUUCUACCUGGAAGUGGGGGGUCUCUCCAAGGACAGUGAGCUCCUGACCUUCAACCUCUCCCAGCACCGCUCCUGGUGGCAUGAACAUGGGCUGGGCUGUCUGCGCAGGGAGGUGCCAGCUGCCAGUCUCAGGCCCCUGGACGGCCAGGCCCUGGUGUCGGGCAUCGACUGCACCUUGGAGCACCGCUAUGUGGAGAUCCUGCACAGUAUCCUACAGGCCCUGGUGGCGCUCGUGGGUUUUGUCUAUGCCUGCUAUGUGGUCAGUGUGAUCACCGAGGAGGAAGACAGCUUUGAUUUCAUUGGUGGAUUUGACCCAUUUCCUCUCCACCAUGUCAGUGAAAAACCUGCCCAUCUCUUAUUGAAGCAGGCGUCCUUGUAA